UUUGUUUUCUUGUGGCUUUGAUUCUUUGAAGAUCUUUUGUUUUGUGCUGUUCACCAAUAGAGCACGCACAAGUAAAUCGUUAUUAAAUUAAAUUAAUUAUUUAUUGUAAGAUUAAAUUUAUAUAAAAUGCCGUCUAUAAAGCAUUACUCUUCAAGUGAAGUGAAUCAGUAUGAAUUAUCUUCUAGAUUAUUAUCAUUAACCGAAAACAAUACUUCUUAUACCCUUACACAAAUAAAUGGCCAAAGGAUUUACAGAAAAGCACCCCAUGCUUGGAGUGGUCCGGAACCAUCAAGGAAUUGCGAGGUAUUCAUUGGUCGCAUACCACACGAUUGCUUCGAGGACACUUUGGUGCCUCUGUUCCGCCAAGCGGGGGAACUGUUCGAGUUUCGUCUCAUGAUUAAUUUUUCCGGUUGGAACAGAGGAUAUGCAUUUGCUAUGUAUACCACCGAGGAAGAGGCGAGCAACUCCAUACGAAUGUUCAACAAUUAUAUGAUCCGACCCUCCUGGCAACUCGGUGUCUGCCCAUCGAUCAACAACUGCCGCAUCUUCAUAUCUCGUAUCCCGGCCACGACGCCGACGUCCGAGAUAGUACGGUUGGUGUACGCUCUGACGGAGGAGGUGCAGGAGGUGCGCGUGCGGCGCUCGGCGGCGGCCUGCGCGGCCAUCGUGGAGUACCGCUCGCACCGCGGGGCGGCCAUGGCGAGGAAGGCGCUGGUGGCGGCGGCCGCGGCGGCCUGGGGCGCCGGCGCCCGCCCGGCCGUCGACUGGUCGCUGCCGCAGUCGCCGCAGCUGUUGAGACAGUACAGAGAGGUGGGUCGCUGGAGCCCAGAGCGUGGCGUGGAGUUGACUCGGGCAGGUGACGAUCCUCCGGCGGCGGGCAUGGUGUCAGCGGGCGGAGCGGGCGGCGGCUCCUACACGCUGGAGCGCUGGUCGCAGGCUCGACGGCUAAGGAUGAUACACGAGGCUCAGCGCAACGCACACGCCGCCGCCGCCACUCAGGCCGCACCCUUACCAACCGCUCACGAUUGGUCCCCCCAGGGCAUAGAUUCUCUGGUGUCGUCUCUGUCUUCACUGGGUGUGUCGCGAGUGUGGGCGGCGCCGCCCCCGCCCACUCGUGACUUCAACCCCUGGACCGCUCGUCACCCGCUGGAGGAGUUCAUACCGCACCGCUCACAGUGAGCCCGCAGCACGUCCUGGUAACUGUAUGAUCAAUGGUCGCAUGUCUCCGCUGGCUUGACGCUAUCUAAUUGGUGGUUGUAAUUUUCUUUGUGAUUCACUAACAAUUAACAUGUGGCAGAUUUAAAAUUUAGUUAAACGAGGCUAAAGUUCAAAAUGUUUAACAUUAAUACGCACGGAAAUGUUUACACAAUUAUAUAUAUAUGUAUUUUUCGGGAUGAGUUGGCUGCAUGUAUGUAUGUCAUGGUCUAGUUUUUUUUUUAUAAUAUAUAGUGAACGUCGCUAGGGUUGUGCAGUUACCCGGAUUGUAAUUAUGCAUUGCUUUUUGUUUUUUUUUCGUAAACGUUGAUUAAUUUAUUGCAUGAAUUAAAAUUGCUCUUUUAAUUUUGUAUUAAAGUGUUCGGGUUGCAUUCCCUGAGAAAAAUCUUUGUACAUCAAUUACAAGAGAUGCAAUUUAAAUUUCAAUAUAUGUGACAAUUGUCUAUUACGUUUCCUGGUUAUUUUACACGUAUCAUAGACAUUACUCAUUUGCAUUGAACUACAGAGUAAACUGAUUAUCGUUUGGUUAGUUUUAACUGUGUCUGUGUGUCUGUGU